CAACCCAGCCCAACCCAACCCAGCAGGCCAGCACCCCAACCCCCUCCAUACCUUUCGCCGAACCCCUCCAUCCCAUUUUCCACAUUCUCCAAACUCCAAUCUCCCGAUUCCCCCACCCCUAUUCUCCCGAAAGAUGAGGACGACGAAGACUACGAAGACGAUGAUGACUGAUGAGGGGGGCGAGGACGACGAAGACGACGAGGUUCAGGUCUUACAAUCCUCCAGAGGGCCACCGGUUCAGUCGGCAGACGACGACGAGGAUGACGAUGAAGAUGACGAUGGUGAAGGCGGAGACGACGAUGACGAUGGUGAAGGCGGAGAUGACGAUGAUGAUGACGACGACGACGAGGAGGAAAAUGAUGACGAGGAUGAAGACGGUGAAGAAGAGGUAAUAUAUGUCCAAAUUUAUAUAAUUUUCUGCAUAUACUUCAUUUCUCUCAUCUGGGACUGGGUUGCGUUCUCUGUUGGUGCCGGAGAUAUGGGUCCCACUUCAUUGUCCGGUGUCAGUAACAUGCAAGAUCUUAGAUGUUAUAGCGCCUCCUAUGCAUCCUCCGUCUACCCAACACAAUCCCAAGCCCAAACCUAGGUCGGCAACAAUGAUGUUCGGUUCAAAAAGGGCAAGUCUGCAAGUGGGUCUGUUUCUAAGAGCUGGAGUUUCAAUGAUCCGGAGCUGCAACGAAAGAAGCGAGUCGCUAGCUAUAAGGUUUACAGUGUAGAAGGGAAAGUUAAAGGCUC